CGUCUCGGCUCGGGAGCCGCGGCGCUCGCAGGUGCGGAGCAUCGCACCAGUUGGCUGGCAAACUCUCGAGCGAGCGGCGCGCGCCCGGCUUCUCCCGACUUGACUCUCCGCUGCAGCGAGAUCACACACGCGUGCGAGUUUACACGGCGCAGAGCUCUCUCGAGGACAGGACUCCCGGUGCUUCGUAGUGCGAGUGUGAGGAGCCGCGACAUGAGGAUCGACCUUUGCUAGAUCUCAGCGGCAGUGCGCGGGGACAUCGAGGAGAGAGAGAGAGAGAGAGAGAGAGAGAGAGAGAAAGAGAGAGAGAGAUAGAGAGAGAGAGCGGGAGGUCGAGGGGAAAGCUCGUGUGCGGAUCGAGGGCAAAGGCCGGCGGGAAGGUCGUCGAAUGCCCAUCAGGCCGCGGCGGCCGGCGGCUCUCGUCGCAGCUGCAGCACGUGGUGCCGGCGGGCCCGCUGCUGCCACCACGAGGAAGGACCAGGACGACAGUAGCAGUGUGAGUUCGCGCCUCGUCUACUCAAGUGUGCGAUGCUGAGAGCUGGGACUCGCUGAUCGCUCACGCGGCGCGGCGGAUCGAAUCUCUCGAAUCGAAUCCACGACCAGCUCGGAAAAAAGCAGCCGAUCGCAGGGCGGUGGGGGGCGCGAGCGAGAGAGGUGAAAGGUGGUAGAAGUGGGUGCUAGCGCUGGGGCCCUCGGGGGCGUUCGGCCGGUACGGGCCUGCGGAGGCCGGGCCCACCGAGGCGGCUGCGGCGGCGGUGGUGGGGGUAGGCGGCACGCAGGCGGCGGCAGCCGCGCAAGCGGCUGGGGAGGUGGAGGGCUACGGGGCCCAAGGGCCCGGGGUUGGGGCCCCUGGGGGGGUCGCGCAAGGCGCCCCCAGGAUAAGGGUCGCGACCCUCGGGGCCUCUUGCUGCGCGCCCCUGCCCGUCACACAGGCUCACAACAUAGGUAUAGGCAGGUGUGGUUUGGCGAUGCUCCUGUCAUGUGCGGGAUGCGACAAGCCGAUUAUGGACAAGUUCCUGUUCAACGUGCUGGACCGGGCCUGGCACGCGGACUGCGUGCGCUGCUGCGACUGCCGGAAUCCGCUGCAGGAGAAGUGCUUCUCGAGGGAGGCCAAGCUCUUUUGCAGGAACGACUUCUUCAAGCGUUACGGCACAAAGUGCGGCGGCUGCUCGCAAGGCAUCAACCCGUCGGACCUGGUGCGCAAAGCCCGGGACAAGGUAUUCCACCUGAACUGCUUCACCUGUUUGGUCUGUCGGAAGCAGAUGAGCACAGGCGAGGAGCUCUACGUUCUCGACGACAACACCUUCGUCUGCAAGGAGGACUACCUGUCGGGAAAGCCUUUGCCCAUAGGCCACCACAUGCACGGACGUCACGUGGGCGGGGACUCGCUGAUGGGAUCCGGCUCGGAGGACGAGGACGAGGAAGGUAGUAGCGUGGGCCACCAGCAUCCUGGCGGUGUUGGUGUGCCGCACCUGGGAGUGCACAGUAUGGGCUCUGGGGGUCCCGGCGACCAGGUCGUCGGGCCCGGCUCCGACAUGCCCCUCGGCGGCGAUCCCUGCAAGCAGGAGGACUCCGAAGACCAAGGUUCGCUGGACGGCGACCCGGAGACCCGGGACAGCCAGACGGAGAACAAGAGCCCGGACGGGGGCGCGGGCGGCGGGAGCGGCGACGGCGGGGCCGGCUCGAAACGCCGGGGGCCCCGCACCACCAUCAAGGCCAAGCAGCUCGAGAUCCUGAAGACGGCCUUCUCGCAGACGCCCAAACCCACGAGGCACAUACGCGAGCAGCUCGCCAAGGAGACCGGACUGCCCAUGCGAGUCAUUCAGGUCUGGUUCCAGAACAAGCGCAGCAAGGAGCGCCGGCUGAAGCAGCUGACGUCGAUGGGCAGGUCGCCGUUCUUCGGCGGCUCGCGCAAGAUGCGGGGCUUCCCCCUGAACAUCAGCCACGGCGGCCUCGGCGGCGAGGACGGACCGCCGCCCGGCUUUCCCUACUUCCCCGACAAGUUCGACUUCAGCUACGGGGCGCCGGUCUCCUUCCACCACGAGUUCUUCGGCGGACACCCGCCGCCGCAUCCCCACGGACCGCCCUUCGGUGGGCCUGGGAAUCCUGUUCCGGGUAUGUUUGCGGCAGGUCUGGACCCGACGAGCAUCGCGGGCAUGGCCGCGGCGGCAGCAGUGGCCGGCGAGUACCCGCCGCCGGGCGCCGGUGCCGGGCCGCCGGAAUUCCUCACGGGGCCCCCCGGCCAGGGGCCGCCCGUACCCUCAGCCGGUAGCCCCGGCGAGUUCCUAGCGCCUACAGGUGGAGGCCAGGGCAAUCCGAGCGGUGGAGGCAACGCAGGCGGACCCGGGGGCGGGGGCGGCGGUGGCGGCUUCCCCGAGCCACACCAGAUGCAGCAGAGCGAGGGCCUCGUCUGGUAGGAUCAGCGCCUGCUGAACCUCUUGACGUUUCAUUAAUUUUUCGAGAGACAGAGCCAGUGUUUGUGUGCUGCGUACGCGCGAAUUAUGUACGAGAGCUGGGAUCGGAUCCACGCGAGAGAGAGAGAGAGAGAGAGAAGCGAUCUGUAGGAACUUGUAUUAUUAUUAUUAUUGAUAUUAUCAUUAUUGCUAUUAUUAUUAUCAUCGCUAUUAUCAUUAUUAUUAUUAUUAGUUGAAAGCGGUUUACGAGGCUCGCGGGAGCUUUUAUUAUUUCACUGGACGCGCAGUUUUGUCGAUUAUUAUUAUUAUCGAAGAUGAUAGUAGUACGCGCUAUUUUUAUGAUUAUUAUUAUUAUUAUUAUUAUUAUUAUUAUUAUUAUUAUUAUUAUUAUGAGAUAUCAGUUAUCGAUCAUUAUUAUCGCAUUGUGUAUAAAAUUCCGGACCCGAAAGUGUAAUAUUGUACCCCCAUCCCCCCUGUUGAUUAGUUUGAGAGAAGCUGAAGGUGCGAUUAUAUAGCAGCGUUGAUUUCGCGAGAAAUGAGAGAAGACGUCCUGUAGAUAUAAAUAUGAUGAAAUGUUGAGUAACGAGCUGUUAUACACGCGCAAAGUACCAUUCAGACGUUAUUCCGAUACGCGAGAAUCAACGCUAUAAAAUAUUUCGAACGUACACGAAGAGAGACAAAAAACGACGCGAGAGACACGCGCGCUGCGAUGCUCCGACAAAAGUCUCUCGUAUUCAUACAACAUGAUAUAUAUAUAUAUAUAUAUAUAUAUAUAUAUAUAUAUAUAUUACAUGUAUAAGUGUAGGAGAUUUCGCUGGAGCGGCGGGAAACUCGCGCGACGGGGAGAAUAGUAUAUAAAUAUCGACUACUCUCUCUCUACUAAACUUUUAUUAAUAAAAUUUCUCUAUACGUGUUGUCCCCCGCGCCGCGACUUUAAUACAAUUACAAUAAAGAGACAUUGACUGUGUAUAGGUAAUAUAAAACUGUAUAAGCCCCGUCGCCGCGGAGUUUCCGCGAAAUUACACGUACACACUUCGACUCGACGACGACACCGGUGAAAAAAAGAAAAAGAAAGCGAAUUCCCGACGCGAAUUCCUUGGCGGACUUUUUGACGGAACGUCGCAGCGGCUGCAACGCGCGCACGAGAAAGUCAGAAAAAUAUAUAGAUAAGCGCCGCGCACGGACACGCAGAGUCGCGCGCAAGUACUAAUUAUAUCGAUAUAAAUAUGAGUGUGUGUGUGUGUGUGUGUGUAUAUAUAUAUAUAUAUACACACAUACACACGACUAUCUGUUAAGGCGGCGAUCGAUGUAAAUACAUGUGAGAGGCAUAUUAUAGAGCGGGAGAGUUGUAUGCCGAGAGACGAGGAGGAGAAGAAAGUUUUAGGAGAGAUAAAUAAGGGUGACACGUACUUACGCAUCAGUGUGACGCGAAGCGAUACUGUAGCGCGCAUUGAGUACAGAGAAACUCGAUGACUUUUUGCGGUAUUACUAUGUAAGAGGAAUUUUAUGGUACAGAUUUACAUACUAAAGAAGCUGGCUAAAAUAACAAAAUAUGUACACACACCGACACACACAGCUAUACCGCCACGAAAGCAUGAUGAUUAUAAAUAUAAUUAUAAUAAACAACCACGUAUUUCCGUAUAAACAA